UGGGUCAUAUUGUGAGUUAAGAUGAGAAAUUGGGAAUGGUAUGCGCAUUUGCAUAAAGAAACAACCUCAGUGCCUGGUGAAUUACAAGAACCAGUCCUGGGGAGGGUGGGCCUGAGGGGUUGUUUGUGACCUGGGAGAACCAAGACUCAGGGCUGGGUACCUGCCCCAGCCUCAUCCCUGCUUCCUUCCAACUCUCAGCUCACCCCUGGAGACGACUCCUUGGGAAGGCCACUGGGAGAGCCUGGUCUGCCAGGGGGGGUCCAGGGCCAGAGUCAGAGAUGCUGAAGAAACACCCAAGGGGGUACUCAAGGGGCAAGGGGCCUGCAUCCCUGGGACACCGCCUCCCAGUUUGGGGGUGGGUGCGGCAGAAGCCUGUGUGCCCUUGCGCCUGACAUUCCUCAGCAGCCACGUGGCCCCAACUGGCAGGGACAGCUGCAGAUGGGGGCUGAACCAGCUUUGUUCCCAGGGUGGCGCCUGCUCUCCAUCCAGGCCCUGCUCGGCUCCUGCCCAGUGCUGCUUUUCUUCCCAGGGCUCAGUGGGCGCUGGCACUGUGGGUCCCCUGCCAUGAGUGCCUAGAGGCACGGAGCCAGCAGGGUCUCUCAAAGGGGGGCGCAGUGCUCUGGGAGGAUGGGGCAGGACCAGACAAAGCAGCAGAUCGCGAAGGGGCUCCAGCUGUACCAGUCUAAUCAGACAGAGAAGGCGCUACAGGUGUGGAUGAAGGUUCUGGAGAAGAGCUCGGACCUUGUGGGGCGCUUCCGUGUGCUGGGCUGCCUGGUCACGGCCCACUCAGAGAUGGGCCGCUACAAGGAGAUGCUGAAGUUUUCUGUGGUCCAGAUUGACACUGCUCGAGAGCUGGAGGAUGCCAGUUUCCUUCUGGAGAGCUACCUGAACCUGGCACGCAGCAAUGAGAAGUUGUGUGAGUUUCACAAGACCAUCUCCUACUGCAAGACCUGCCUGGGCCUGCCCAGCACCAGGGCGAGUGCCCAGCUCGGAGGCCAGGUUAGCUUGAGCAUGGGCAACGCCUUCCUGGGCCUCAGCCUCUUCCAGAAGGCCCUGGAGAGCUUCGAGAAGGCCCUGCGUUAUGCUCACAACAACGACGAUGCCAUGCUCGAGUGUCGCGUCUGCUGCAGCCUGGGCAGCUUCUACGUCCAGGUCAAGGACUACGAGAAAGCCCUGUUCUUCCCAUGCAAGGCCGCAGAGCUCGUUAACGACUAUGGCAAAGGCUGGAGCCUCAAGUACCGGGCCAUGAGCCAGUACCACAUGGCUGUGGCAUAUCGCCUGCUGGGCCACCUGGGCAGUGCCAUGGAGUGUUGUGAGGAGUCUAUGAAAAUUGCACUGCAGCAUGGGGACCGGCCACUACAGGCACUCUGCCUGCUCUGCUUUGCUGACAUCCACCGGAGUCGUGGGGACCUUGAGACAGCCUUCCCCAGGUACGACUCUGCCAUGAGCCUCAUGUCCGAAAUCGGAAACCGCCUGGGGCAGGUGCAGGUGCUGCUGGGUGUGGCCAAAUGCUGGGUGGCUAGGAAGGUACUGGACAAGGCUCUGGAUGCUGUCGAGAGAGCCCAGGACCUGGCUGAGGAGGUGGGGAACAAGCUGAGCCAGCUCAAGCUGCACUGCCUGAGCGAGAGCAUCUACCGCAGCAAGGGGUUGCAGCGGGAGCUGCGUGCCCAUGUCGUGCGCUUCCACGAGUGUGUGGAGGAGACAGAGCUCUACUGCGGCCUGUGCGGCGAGUCCAUAGGUGAGAGGAAUAGCCGGCUGCAAGCCCUGCCCUGCUCUCACAUCUUUCACCACAGGUGCUUGCAGAACAAUGGAACGUGGAGCUGCCCCAACUGCCACCAUUCAUCCAUGAAGCCUGGCUUUGUGUGACUCCAGUCAACUUCCGCCUCACCUUUCCUGGCUCCUUCUCUACCAUCACACUGGAGGCCCCUGACUGGCCAUGCCGCAGAGGCCUGUUUACUUUUGGUGCAGCCACCAAUGCCUCUUGGGGCCUUAGCCAGUACCUGGAACCUGCCUACUGCUGCUCCACAAGGCCCAGCUGCUCUCCCCUGCUCCUUUGUACUUUGCUCUUUAUGGAAAAAUAAACUGUACUUGGUCCCAGUGAUUCUGCUCUUCCUGCCAAACUUCUGAGGGGGUAGGGGAAAGUGGGAGUGAGGUUCCUCAUGUGAACUUCCUCAGAUACAAGUAGUCCCUCCACAUGUGUGAAUGUCUCCAGCUACCCUUCCAGGUUUGUGAGAUGCCACAGUGAGCCAGAGACAAAGACUCCUGCUGGUGGGGAGCUGAUACGCAGGGGUGGGGAGGGAGGAUGCACUAAACAGUAAACAGAAUAAAUAAGCAAAAUAACAAAUCUGUCAGAUACUGUAGACUGAAUUAUGUCUCCCAAGAUUCGUAUGUCAAAGCCCUAACCCCCAGUGUAACUGUAUUUGGAGAUAGGACCUUCAAGGCGGUAAUUAA